AUCUAUAAAUGGAAACCCACACGGCGGACUACUUAUCACUAAGGCUGGGGGACAGAAUUGAGGCAAACAAGUUCAAAAGCCCUCUGAAGACCACAAAGCAGAUGGAUACACCCUCGGGGAAGGAGGACUGACGGGCACCCAGGCGACCAUGACGACCGAGAACUACAAGGGGGUCCCAAAAAGUGCGGCCGAAGUGCACCAUGCGGUCAUCUGUGAAGAAGGCCGCACAAAGCCGCUGGUCUUUACGUUUGUGCCAGUGAUUCGGAUGCUGCCAGCUCCGUCCUGGGUGAAGCAAUCAGAAGCCAGGCUGAAGGUUUCAGCAGCGCAGGUUCAGGAGGAGCUCUCUGCCAUGAAUGUGCCCCAGGACGGGGUCUUCAAGGCUGAAAUCGUGUACGUCAGUGACUCCGACUUGGGGGAAUGGGGGGAUACUUCUGCAAGACGACGACCGCCGGUGGAAGAGACGGUCGGCUCUCAGUCUCAGCUGCUGUUCAAGUCCUCUUUGCCUACAAGGCCGACGAUCCCAACUCUUCUCACUCCUCCUGCUCUCGUUCAAAGCAGUAGAGCAGAUUCACCCGCCGUUUCCGAGGUGCCACUACCCAGCUCGACAUCUGCCCAAAGCCAGAAGGGUGUGACUCGUUCCUUCCACACCCCACCCGCCCGUCCCCGAGUCAAUGGGAAUCUCAGCCCUGAUCAGAUGGAAGAUGGCAGGCUGUCCCCUCCAGCAAAGCUCCUCCACUUAGUGUCUUCCAAAGCAUCUGGUUCAUCCGAGGGAGUCGAACUCGGCACCCAUUUUCGUUUGCCUCCCUGUACCUCCCCGUGCCCCUCAGGCCGAUCUGAAGUCUUCUCUCCAACGGUCCUUAAAGUCGCCCCUCAUGUUCUAAUGCCUGGUUCCAAUAUGUCUCAGGCCUCUCCAAUUGGGGAAAGAGCCCUGUCACCCACCGCAACCCUCGCUGACUCUCGGCCUCGGACCCCCCUCUCUGUCCUCACCAGUAUCCUGAGAUCUGGCCAGCUGCCUCCAUCCAUGAAAACGAAGAGGCCUUUCUCCCCACCCCUGCAGCACAGCACUGCUAGUCUCCAGUCGUUGACCCCUUACUCGCCCUCCUCAAGCCUAGCGUCCAUUCCCCUGGACCUGUCGAGGCCACAGACUCCAAGCACCCUGGAGAGACCCAGUCGGGGGGCCAGUGCCAGUCUGCAGCUUUUGACGGCUUUACUGAAAUCUCCAUCCCCUACCCCUAACUUCCUGGCCGGCACUGCAAAGCCACAUUCCCACCCCAUACGCCCUCAGACUUCAGACCGAGUCUGCUCCCCCUUAACCCCUGGGCAGCCCCGCUUCUCACCUACUCCGGAGUCUUCCUCACGUCCACCUGCCCAUCCGUCAGAUUCGCCUUCCUCAUCUUCUUCAUCCAGAACCAUCCCUUUGCUUUCCAGCACCCAACACGGAUCCCGUGUGUACUCCCCUGUUCCCAAAGUCACCAUUUCUCCACCUGAAAGCUGGAAUAAGACAAAAGACCCUUCUUCUGACACCAAGGACAGAGCCCUGUCCCCAAGAUUAACGUCUCCUUCUCCGUGCUCCUCGACGUGUUCCCUCCGAUCUCCAUCCCCUGGGACAAGACCCUCUAACCACCCCACCAGUCCACUCUCUCCAUCUCCACGUGUCCCUUCACGCUCUUCAACCCCGUCCUCCACGUCCUCUCCAGUCCCACCACACAUGGCUGCCGGCUCUCAGGAGAACCAAACUAAAAAAGCAAAGCAAUACAAGAUCACGUCGAGCUACAAGGAGUUUGCAGCGAUUCCCACAAAUGUUCUGCUUCAGGAGCAGCAGCAGAUGCUGGAUGAGAAGACAGAGGAAGACCCCAGCGGUCAAGUUAACAGUGAGGACGACAGCCAGCUGGACCCCCAUGCCGAGUUACGUUCACCUGCUCAGCUCCGACAAGAGGCCAAGGACCUGUAUGCCACCAUUGAUCAAGUCUUGGAAGAGCCGCUCCCCAUGCAACGAUCACAUUCUGCGCCGACUUCGCUACAGAAGCUGAAGGAUGCCGACAUGCCAAAGGUACGAGACUCGUGGAGUCGGGAUGGACGUGAAGGGGCAAAUACUGAGAAUUUCACAAUUCUGUCGGGAACAGCUGGUCGGGAAACUAAAUACGCUGCUCUAAACCGGAUACCUGUGGUCCCUCAUGAGAAACAUCUGACAAAACCAGGAGUUAUACGCCCAGUCAGUGUCACCCCAAGAAUCACAGAAGAGAAGGACGUUGUCCACCCGAACCCGUUCAGACGGUACCUGGAGGACACAUCAGACGCUGACCUUCAGCAGCUUGUUAGCAGAGUCAGGGGGCUCAGCACUCGGCUUGGAAUGGACAACACGAGGGACUCGAAGCUCCAGCGGCUCCGCCGAGAGGGAGACAGCAAACGCUUACACGCGCAGCUCCACAUAACGGAGGGAGAAGAGCAGACAGCCAAGAAAAUCACGUCAGCGUAACAAGUUGGAGGAGUGAAGAGGACCUGCUUGUGGUCUCCAGAAUAUUCCACUGUGUCUCCUUAUCAAACCGCACACCUCACUUGUCUGCUCAAGUACAGAGGACACUAACGACACCCUGGGGUCUCUAUAAGCCCUGACCACCAUGCUUAUGCCUGACUAACUAAGGUCGUGGAGCACUAAUGGCCUUCUUUUUGUAUUGUGCCUUAAACCAAUGGAGUAACAGAUCACUAGAACAGUAAUAAUAAUAAUUAUAAUAAUUAAUACUGUGACUCACUGCCUGCUCCCCUCUAGUGGUGAGUAAUGUCUGUGUUUGAUACGCACGCACAGUUGCAUUGUGAAUAUUUUACAGAACGUGUCCAUAACAAAGCACUCAGCAAAUAUCAACGCAAAUGGCAAUAAACGUUGUGCUGCCUGCUAAAGAGAGAAUUCCUUCAUUUAAGAGAAGCCCCCAUAGCACUAGAAUUAAAAGGUGCAGUAAGCCAUAGACAGUAAAAACUCUGUAAAGCGAUCGAGAUGGGGACCUCCAUAUCAGUGAAAGACCCCCAACUCACCCUGGCCUCGGGAUUUGCUAUCAAAGUCACAGCUGGAGCUCGAGCCCCUCGAUUAGGAGUUCCGAAAGUCUUCAGACCCCCUCACUUUCUAUGCACUUUUACCUUUAAAUGGAGGAAUUUGCCAUUUGUGCCCAUUAAUGACCCGUCAUGAAUGGCAAAUUCAUCCUUUCAUAAAAAGGAAAUGCACAAUACAAUAAAGUGUGCAGAAAGUGAAGGGUCUGACGACGUCCGCGGUCCACUGCAUGGCUGCCCAUGUCUUUCUGGUGUAGUUUGCUAAUCAGGCCUUUUGGUUUUGAGCCUAAUUAGGCUCACCAUCGCUUUUUCUGUUUCUCAUUAAAGAUGAACGAGACUUCAUUUUGCUCAGAGCUAAAGGUGACACCACAGGAGGUGUAAAGUGAGUUAGCAGCCCAAGGCGGCCCCCCUGUGUAACUGCUGUGCCUCCGAUGGCCCGCUCAUCUCAGCCAUAUUUCGGUGAGUGUCUGAUUCUGCCUGACGCUGCAUCUUGGAAUGAUCAGCCAUUAGGGAGGAACAGGGUGGCAUCGUGGUGCUUGAGGGGGGGACCUUCAGGUGCUUCUUAGGCAUCCAGCCCCCUGACCUACUAGAAGAUCAGCACCACCACCACGUCUCAUGAUCUCCAGCAUCCUUGAGAUGGCAGCCCGUUGUUAUGCUCUCUGGUGGACUGGUGUGAAGAUAGACAGGAGGACCCAACCACCUCCCACCCCCCCUUUC